AGCGCUGCCAGUCAUUCCUCCUUCAGUAUUCGGAGAAGCUGUGCGUCCGUUUGUAUCUGUCUUUUGUGCGUGUAUUUGUGACUAAACAACAUGGCCCCGAUUCAGAUGUACGCUCCAUCCCCUGUGCAGGAACAAUCCACCUCAGCGAGUGACCGUAUUGGCACAUUUAGAAGCUUUGAGGAACGUAAUUCACAAGAAAACCAUAGGCCUACUUUUAGCGAGGACAACCAGUGCUACAAGAUCGUGGUGGACGUGGAGGCCUUCAUGGAGAGCGGCGUGAGGUUCGACGUGGUGAACGAGAACGAGCUGAUCAUCGAGAGCUGCGAGGAGAACAACGAAGGGAACUCCGUCUCGAGGAAGGGCCUCUACCGCCGGUUCCUCUUCCCGAGCCUCGUCAGUGUUGAUACUGUGCGAUCAGUGUUGUCCUGCGAUGGCAUCCUUACCAUCACCGUAGCUAAGAAGGUAACAUCUGAUUCAAGUAUUGGAGACAUUUCGUAGCUUUAAAGAAACCGGAUUGAACACAGAUGCAAAAUUAGAAAGCUCGUCUCAUGUGCGCGGCUGAACAUUCAGGACGCCGGCGAAUGGACACGCCGGAGAUGGAAAAGUCGUCUUGAGAAAAAA